AUGGGUGUCAAAUGCAAGCGUGUUGGCAAAAGCCUUGCUGCCAGCAGGCCUCCAAACUUUCAUCAGAAGCCCAAAUCGAUCAAGCGGAAAGCUACAAAGGCGUUGAUCAACAAUCUUCAUCUUCUGGAAAAACGGCUAUUACAGGCUACCCGUAAGGGGGAUGAAGCAGCCAAGGCCUCUAUCCAGAAAGAGAUUGCAGACAUGGGUGGUCUCGAGAGGUAUCAGCAGGCAAGCCUCCAAGGCCAACGAAAGGACCGGGGAGGUGACAGCUCCAGGGUAUUGAUGGACUGGAUACAGGAAUAUCCGCUGCCUGAGGGCGACAACAAACAUGCGCGUCUUCAUCUCCUCGAGGUCGGCGCGCUCAGCACAGAGAAUGCAUGUUCAAGAAGCGACCGGUUCGACAUUGAGAGGAUCGAUCUCAACAGCCAAGCAGAAGGCAUUAAGCAACAAGACUUCAUGCAGCGGCCUCUGCCCAGGGAUGACUCGGAGCGCUUUGACAUUAUCAGUCUCUCCCUGGUGCUGAAUUUUGUGCCCGAUCCGAGGCUCCGUGGCGACAUGCUCCUCCGAACGUUGGAUUUCCUUCGACUGCCAAAUAACUCACCAGUGCCCUUCACGCCAAGUCUAUUCCUAGUCUUACCGGCACCAUGCGUUACCAACUCUCGUUACAUGGAUGAGUCGGUGUUGGAGCGGAUCAUGGCGUCGUUGGGCUUCAAGUUGAUCCACUCCAAGCCAACUCAACGACUUGUGUACUACCUCUGGAUGCGAGAAUCAAAGCUGCCCGCAAAACGGCAGGCUUUUGCAAAGAAAGAGGUGCGGUCAGGAUCAACACGCAACAACUUCGCCAUAGUCCUUGCCGCCCAGGGAUGA